AUGAGCUUUCAGAGCUUCAGGCUGCAGACACAACCCCUCCCCUCCUCCCCCGCCGCGGGCCCAUCCUCCCUCGCGCUCGCGCUGCACGCACCCCCGCCGCCCCCCGUCGACCCCGGCGCGCCGUCCCCCGCCUCCGCGCCCCCUAACCUCGCGAAGAAGGGCCCGUACGGCUCGGGGGACGCGGACGACGGGUACACGCUCGUGUUCGCGUCGAUGGCGGCGUUCCAGGCGUGGCGCGCGCGCGAGGAGGCGGCGAAGAUGGUCGAGUUCGUCAAGGGCGACACGCACGGGAGCAAGGCGGUCCCGCCGCGCUUCAAGGACCACACGAAGCUCGUGUGCGCGCGCCACUCGCGCAACGGGCGCAAGAAGUACGUCAAGAAGUUCCCCGAGCGCGUGCGCAAGGUGCCCAGCCGGAAGCUCGAGGGGAUUGGCUGCCCCGCCUCGAUCAGCUACAAGACGUACUUUGACACCGACGAGGUGCGCGCGAUGUACAUCGACGAGCACUCGCAUGAGAUCGGCCCCGCGAACUUCCCCUUCACGAAGCGCGGCCGCAAGGCGGCGGCGGAGCAGCACGCCCGCGCGAAGGCUGCGCGCCGGCAGGACGGGGCGGACGGGACGGGAAGCGCAGGCGGCGCGGCUUCCAGCAGUCCCCAGGCGGCGUCCUCCCCCGGGGCGAUCCCCCCGGCAAGCGCGUCCUCGCCCGCAGACGGCAUCGCAGGGCCCUCCUCUGUGUCCGCGCACCCACACCAGAACCCGCAUCAGCACCCACACCCGCACCCACAGCAAAACGGCCAGCCCACACUCGUGCACGCGCCGCCCGCGGCGCUCUCGCUCCCCGGACAGGCGUUCCAGGCGGCGAUACGGAUGAUCGCGCCGCUCCCGCCGCCGCCCGGGCUGCCCGUGGACCUCUCGCAGGACCGGUGGGACCGCAUGGACGUGCUGUUCCAGAGCAUCCGGGAGAACGCGCGGAGCUUCGCGUACCCCGCGCCGUCCGUCGCGGCGCUGGAGAGCGUCCUGAUACGGCUGUACCUCGAGAGCCCGGUGGCGGGGAUGGGGCCGCCGCCGCCGCAUGCGAUGGGCGGGCCGGACAUGAAUAUGGACGGCAUGCCCGAUGUGGGCAACCAGGGACAUAUGGGCACAUAA